AGCCAGAGCCAACAAAUCCUCGCGACCUCGCCCCAUGCCGGCCGGGUCCGGCGGCGACCCGGCGCGCAGGUGGCGUCUCCGAGCGACCGCGCACGCGCGCGCGCCCAUAAAAAAAAUCGCGGUCAGCGCGUGGACUCGGCAGCUGGGAGACGGAUCGAUCGGUCGAAGCGGCGGCACCCUGCCUGCCUCCCUGUCGCCCCUGUCGUGUCCGGUUGGCGCCCGAGCGGAAAAGGCAGGAGAAAAUACUCUACUCGUCCCGGGGAGGAAAGAAACCGCCGCUUCCUCUUCUCCCGUCUCCCUCCUCCGGCUCCAGAUCCCGGUUCUCAAGGACAGCCAAUUCCUAGGGCCUCGUCCUCUCCUCGCCCGGUUGUGUUUGUCAAUCGUCGCUUGCUCUCGGGGAGAUUGUAAAAAUUCCAUCUUUUGGUUUGCUCGUCUGCCGGAUUUCUUGCUGGCGCGAUUUUUUCUCCAACCUGCGUACAGGGGGGGUUUCGGUUGGCGCGGUUGGCUCGUCAUUUUCCUGCAACUUCUUUUCGGUCCUUGCGCCAUCUUUCCAGCGGCCCCCGUUGACUCGGGCGGCAUUCCGUCGAGCACCUUCCGCGCGGCGCCCGGGUGGCGUGGGGGAUCUGCGGAUGCCUUCGUGGUCCGUUGUGUGAACGGGCGGCGCUUCUUGGUUCAUCGGGAGCGUUCGUUGAUGCCGGUCUCGUCGUGGGAGCAGGUGCCUAGCGGAUGGACUGCAACAGCUGCUACGUUCUGAAUUCAAGAAGGUUUGUUGGUAUCGCCGAUGCCAGCUUCGAGGAUGCUGCAGAUGGCAUCAGCGAAUUCAGUGACAGGAUGAGUGCUGCACACAAGCAGAAGGUUAAGGGCGUUGAAGAAACCAUGGAGAUUGCGGAGAACCAUGAGUUGGCUUGGGAUUCUAAUCGGUUCUCAUUCGAGGAUGAUGAUGAUUUCCUUCUUCCCGGGAACAGUAAGUUGGACGUCAUGACAUCAGGGGAGACAGCUCCAUCUGGCAAAAUGGAGUUGUCUGAGCCGAGGAUAGACAGGUCUAGAAGUGUUGGAACAAGCAAGGCUCCUAGACUGGGCUCUGUGCUUGGGACAGCCAGCAUGGCUGGAUUUGGCAAAGCAGUGGACAUUUUAGACACAUUAGGAUCCCUGGUGACGACCUUCAGCCCAGAUGGUGGCUUCAUUUCUAGAUCAAAGAACAAAGGGUGCAAGAUAUCAAUUCUUGCUUUUGAGGUUGCCAACACAAUACUUAAAGGUGCCAGUAUUAUGCAAUCUCUCUCGGAAGACACUGUUACGUACUUCAAACGAGUCGUGCUUCCUUCUGAAGGUGUACAGAGUUUGGUUUCCAGUGACAUGAGUGAGUUGAUGCGAAUUGCAGCUAAUGACAAAAGGGAAGAGCUGAAAAUAUUUUCCCAAGAGGUUAUCAGGUUUGGCAACCGUUGCAAAGAUCCCCAGUGGCAUAAUCUGGACCGCUAUUUUUUCAAUUUAGAAUCCGAAAGUGCACCCCAGAAGCAACUGAAAGAAACAGCCAAAGCAGAGAUGCAAAAGUUGAUGACUCUUGUUCAACGUACAACUGAUUUGUACCAUGAGCUUCAUGCAUUAGAUAGAUUUGAGCAAGAAUACAACUCUAAGUUAAAGGGAAAGGAUACAGAGAGAUUUGAAAAAGGAGAUAAUAUUCAAAUUGUGAGACUGGAGUUGAAGACCCAAAGGAGCUACGUGGAGAGCUUGAAGAAAAGAUCUCUCUGGUCCAAGACGUUGGAAGAAGUGGUCGAGAAGCUUGUAGAAAUCGUGCAUUACUUACAUUUUGAGAUCAACAGUACUUUUGGAUCUUCUGAUGGAUUUGCUUUGAGUGCUGAAUCAACUGCGAGCUGUCAAAGGCUAGGACCUGCUGGGCUGGCAUUACAUUAUGCAAACAUUAUCAUUCAGAUCUAUAGCAUUGUUUCUCGAUCAGGUUAUGUACCAUCAAACACAAGAGAGGCCCUCUACCAGGGGCUGCCACCAAGGGUCAAAUCGGCUCUACCAAAUAGAUUAAAAACUUCCUUAGUGCCUCAGGAGCUCACCAUUGAUGAUAUAAGGGUUCAAAUGGAGAAAUCAUUGAAAUGGCUUGUUCCUAUGGCCGUCAAUACCACCUGUGCCCGAGGCUUCUUGAGGUUUAGCGAAUGGGCUAAGUCGGGGACUGACAGGGUCGGGAGACGACCAGGUCAAGCAGAUCCAAUCGAGACGCUCUACCAUGCCGACAAGGCAAGGACCGAGGAUCACAUCCUGGAUUUAGUCGUUUGGCUUCACCACCUUGUCAACCAGAGUAACCACCACCUUGUCAACCAGAGUAACCGGCCAGCAACGCAAAAGACCACUGACCUGCCGUUACAUCUAACCAAAAGUGCGAAAUGAUCAUGGCUGUUAUCUGAAAAUACCAUUUUUCUGAGUACUCAGCAAAUUCACCAAGAUCUUGUGAUCCAGUUCAUUGGUUGAUUUCGUCUUUGAGGACGUGCGUUUUUCAUAUGUCCACAGAUACAAUCGGGCAUGCUCACAUCAGCUGAGUAGGUCUAGGAUAAGAAUAGCUUUGUUGCUUUGACCUGUUGUAUAUAUAUUCAAGUGCAGUUGCGAUAACCACAUUGUACGAUUGGAAACGUACAUGUGUAUAUGCAGAUGUGAUAGUUACAAAUGCUGAUCAUAUGGAUGAGCGACAUAAUUUGCUGA